AGGUUAGGUAUAUAUUUUUUUUAGCUUAAAAAAAAAAAGUGGAUGUUCAUCGGCUAAUCCUCUCUGUUCUCGUAAGAUCUCUCUCUCUUUUACUUGUGCUCUCGCCGGAUCCACCGCAAGGUCGCGUGUCGCCGAGUCUCCUCCGCUGGUCGUCCCUCGCGUCCUCGUCGCCAGCGGUCUUGCUCCCUCUGCCUCGUAUUCUGCUCGUCCGCCAUCACUGCACCCAACGCCUGGUGUGCUCUACUGCUCGCGUCUUGCCUCUCUUCCUGCAGCUGUGCUUCCUGGCGCUGAGGCUGAAGCUAGGGUUCUCCCUCUCGAAUUGGUGGAGAAAGACCUAUUAUGGUUGCCGGUUAAAUCCCUGAUUCGGUUCAGAUGCUCAGACUUUGAAAUUACUGGCGUGGAACCUAGCCAACUCCUCACCCUUUUGCAUCAGUCCAAGCCCACUUCCCAUGGCCAAGCUGAUAAAUUUUACUUAUUCUCCUAUCAGUGAUUUCCAUGAGUCAAGUGUUGCAGCAGACUCUCUGGUACAUUCAUCCAGUAUUGAUGACUUCAUUGCCUAUCUUCAUGGUGCAUUAGCUGCAAUUUCGCCAGAUGCGUCAUCCGAUAAAGAAGAUGAAAAUCAAGAUGAAUUGGAAAGUGUCAGAAUAAAAAGGCGCAAGUUUGAAAGUGACGAGGAAACUGAGUCGUCUACUUCAGAAGGAAUCGUGAAACAGAAUUUAGAAGAAUCUGUAGAAGAAGAUGUGUGUACACAUCCUGGUUCAUUCGGAGACAUGUGUAUACGUUGUGGGCAAAAGUUGGAUGGUGAAUCUGGUGUGACAUUUGGCUACAUACACAAGGGUCUGAGACUUCAUGAUGAGGAGAUCUCUAGAUUGCGCAAUUCAGAUGCGAAUAAUUUGCGUAGUCGUAAAAAAUUGUACCUGAUGCUCGACGGAUUGCGCAGCCACAUAAGAAAAUGGGAAUCUCAGCCAAAAUAUUUGCUGUUGUUCAUAAAUCAUAACUUUAUUUCAGGAUUACAUUUGGACUGAGUUGAAGUUGUGUAAAUGAAAUGGAAAGUGUGUAACAUAAUAAAUCAAAUACAUCUAUUUUAGCCAAGAGGAACCACUGGAAACAAUAGGAAAGGAAGAUAACAAAGGUAUGUCUAGAAGAUCUAUGAGUUUCAUUGGCUUGUCAAUUCUUCAUAUUGAUUGUGGCUCCAAUAUGUUUUAUUAAUAAACUUCAUUUUUGUUGUAAUGUAGUUAUUCAAGGUUUUUUAAUCUUUCUUGUUUAGGCACUUUUUGAGAAUUACCUGGAUGUGACUUGAUUAUUUACUCAAUUUAAUGUUCUUGGUAUAUUGUAUGGUGACUUUUGAAGAUUUAAAUGAGAUAGAUAUUUAAUUUUUAUGUUUAUUAUUUGUGUAUGUUGUAAAACAUAUAGUUUGUGAGUUCUAUCA